CUCAUGUAUACUAUCGACAACCUUGCUUUCGACAGCAAACAAAGAACUUGAAAAAAAUAAAAAUAGAUCAACGAAAAACUGGAUUUAAACGGGAAAAAAGAGAGGCGAGAGGGAGAUAUCGCGAGGAUCGGAGGAUUGCGACCUUGAGGACCUUGAGCAACAUUGUGAACAUUGUGCUUCUGUUAUUUGUGUGCUCAAUUGUACUUCGGCAGGUAUAUAAAAUAUUACAAUGCAUCAGAUGUUUUUUUCACUUUUUUUGAAUGGGAUCGACUUUCAAAAUUGCAGAUGUGGACUUGUUUUCGAAAUAAAAAAUCCCACCGCAAAAAACAAUGUCCAUUGAAGUGGCAAAAAGCACAAAUUCAUCAAAAUGGGGAUUAUUUUUGGUCUCAGUGACAGGAGGUUUGGCAACAGUUUUAAGUGUAAUUUGCAUUCCGUUUGUGAGUCCAGCGUUGAGAAAAGUGUGCCUGCCUUAUGUGCCAGCGACAACGAAGCAAGUGGAGAAUAUUUUCAAAGCCCUGUCAGGACGUAGAGGAACACUCAUUGAUCUUGGCAGUGGAGAUGGUAGAAUAGUUGUUGCAGCAGCAAAAUCAGGUUUCAAAGCCUAUGGUAUUGAAUUAAAUCCAUGUCUAAUUGCUUAUUCAAAAGUGCUGGCCCUCACUCAGGGUCUACGGUCAAAUGCAUCAUUUUUUCGAGGCGAUUUAUUCAAAUGUAACUUGGCCAGUUAUAAUAAUGUCGUAAUAUUUGGAGUUUCACAAAUGAUGGCCGAAAUAGAAGAGAAAUUUAAUAAUGAACUAAAUAAAAAUAGUGUCGUUGUUGCUUGUCGUUUUCCAUUGCCAAAUUCAGUGCCAGUGUUGACAGUCGGCGAAGGAAUCGAUACAGUUUGGGUUUAUAAAGUACCACUUAAAAGUAUAGAAUCGUAACAUCUCUAGAAAAUUAUAAGGAAUUUAACUAUAAAUAUUCUGAACAUUUGUACAUAAAUUCUUAAUUUAAGAAUUCGUAAAUAAUGAAAAAAGAUUAAUAAAAUUGAGAAAAUUGA